AUGUGCAGGGGACUCCCUCUCGUGCAGCACGCCUGUGAGCUGAGUGGUGGUAAUUAUGCACAAGCGGCAGAAGGUGACGGCGGAGGGGAAGCCGGCCGCAGUGGACACACUGCUGGGAAGCGGCGUGGAGCUAUUCCUCGAGGCGCCAGGUGGUGUGUGCGGUCGGCAGAGCUGCGCUGCAUUCGCAGAGAGUCUCUUGCGCAGCGCAGAUGCUGGCGGGGGAGCCCUCACCUGGUGGCAGUGACAGCUGAAACGCUCCUGGGCGCAUUGGACGCAUGUCACAGUUUUAUUGAGCACUGCCUACCGUGUGGGAGGUGCUACGUGACUGCCGGUGUGGGUUGA